AUUUUGAGAGCUAGCUACAUUAAUGACUUUUGCAGUCUCUCAGACAUUAUUUUACAAUUUAGAUUUGGUUUCUUUGUGUUGUAUCUUUUUUCUGAGGACAUAAAAUGUCAUUAAGGCUGUUUUUUAAGCACAGAAGAAACUGGUGGAAAGAAAUGUUCAUUAUGCUGCACCUAUUACAGAAAUCCAAACCCUCAACCUCCUAAGGUAGUUUCAGGUUACUAAAACCUAAAUAUUGCAUUCAGCUGUUCCAUAUACCGCUAUCUCCAUGUUCCUCCCACACUUAGAGUAAAAAGGUUAGCUUAUACCAACUUUGUGUAUUAUGUAUUUUUGCUCCCAUGACAGGUACUGUGAGUGGGCUGUCAAGCAGAAAGAAGAAAAUUUUUGCUGAAAAAUUUUAAGUCGUCAUUUGACAGUAUUUUAUUUCUUCGGAGAAUCCCAACCCUUGUUUGAAAUAUUCAAAGACAGCGUUCUAUCUUCACCAUGGAAAAGCCUUUGCUUUCAUAUAUAUUUGUAUUCCACUGGCAUUUCUUAAAUGCUUUAUUCACCGUUGAAGCUCCACAGCCACUCUACAUUGUGGAAUAUGGGAGCAAUGUGACCAUGGAGUGCACAUUUCCAGUGGAGGGGAAAUUAAAGUUCAGAGAUUUAAGUGUCAGCUGGGAAAAAAAAGAUGAAUCUAGAAAAGAGGUUUAUGUACUUCUCAAAGGGGAGGAAGAUGUCAACAGUCAGCACAGUGACUUUAGGGGAAGAAUAAAGUUGCUGAAAGAGAAACUGAACUUUGGGCAGUCUGUCCUUCAAAUCACUGAUGUUAAGCUCAGAGAUGCAGGGUUUUACCGCUGUCUUAUUGACUAUCGGGGAGCUGACUACAAGAUGAUCGAUCUGAAAGUUAAGGCUCCUUAUAGAACCAUAACCCAAGGAGUGGUGAGUACAGGAGACAAAGAGUGGAAGUUAACAUGCCAGUCAGAAGGAUACCCAAAAGCUGAAGUGAUAUGGCAAAAUGGAGGAUAUCAGGAUUUGACUGAUAAGGCAAACACAAGUUAUGAAAUUGGAAAUGACCAGCUGUAUCGUGUGACAAGUACACUUAAAAUCAAAAGUAGGACUGCUGAGAUUUUUCACUGUAUAUUCUGGAACAAAGAACUUCAAGAUAAUACAUCUGCUAUUUUAUACGUAGCAGAUUCAGCUGAGGAUAUUCUGUGGACUAAAAGCAGACGCGUUGUUGGAGGAAUUCUGAUUGUGACCGCUCUCUUUGGAUCAGCGCUUCUAUUUAUGCUCUGUGUAAGAAAAGAGCUGUCCAAAAAUGAGGAUAAACAUGAUUGCAGAAAUACUUCUUUUGAAGAGGAAGACCUGAAAUAUAAGCAAGUUGAGAAGACUUAGUUUAAGCAAGGAAAGCUCUUUUGCCUCGGUGAAUGUUUGACACCUGAAGUUCUGCAUUCUGUUUAUUGAAGGGGGAUUUUCAUUUUUUUGGUUUUUAUUCUGAGAUUGCAGUUUUCUUCCGUAUCAUUGUAAGUCAGGUAAAACUGCAAUGAAGCUAAUGGAAUUAUCAUGGUGUAAAAAGCCCUUGGAUUCAGGCCUUUAUAUAUGUGACUAGGUAUGGAGAUAUUUACUCAAAUAUCCACGUUUAUGCUUUAGAUAAAGGUUAUGCACUUUCAAGGACAUGUUUCAUUCAAAAGUAUCUUUAAAGUAAAGCACUUUAGGUCUGUGACCAUAAUGAAUUUUGUAGCUAGUUCUAGAGUAGUCCAUCUUCUGGACUGUUUUUCUGCACAGAGGCCUGCAUUCCCUGCAGAGAUUUUGCUUUCCAACUUGUAAAGAAAAUGUUUAAUACUUUGAUCUGCAUAAAAUAUUAGAGUGCAACAAUACAGAAUAGGGCAUUUUCUGUCCUUAUUGUAGAUUUUAAAGUAUUAGUCACCCACAGCUAAGCCCGAAAUAGAUUCUGUAACCCUCUUGACACCAUGAUUUGGAAUUAAUUAUGUAAUACUGAGCUGCUUAAAUUUCUUACUCUGAAGUUCUUUUGGGGAUAUAAUUUCUACGUGUGAUGUAGCUGGUACGCCUUGCUUACUGCUGGUCACUCUUCUUGUUUACCAUUUGGAGAAGAUGCAGCUAGAUCUUCAGGAAGAACAGCUCUUGAUUUGGACUGGCUUUUUAUUCAAGUCCUUUUAAUUCAUCUUGGAAAUAGAAAGGGAACCUUCAGACUUCAAGGACGUGAAAUCCAUGCUCAUGUGACUUCUUAAGAAAUGCUCAGAGCACAUGCUGCUGGAUUCAAGUUUUCAGCUAUUCAUUUGUUACAUUUGCUAGGUGCAUAACUUUGUGUGUAAGAAAUUCACAGAUUAGAAUUAUUUAUUACAAUGCUAUUCACAAUUAUAUAUUUUUAAUAAAAUAUAUUUUGCCUUU